AGGGAGGAAGGAAAGUGUUAUUUGCGCGUUCGUUAGUUCACCCGACAUGUUAGAGUAAGGUCUGUUUACACGUUUUUAGCGUGAAGUUGGAUUUUCUUCGACAGUUCCGCCGUACCCGUGUUUUAGUCAACAAAACAGCUAUGGUCGAUAAAGUUAUGGAAAUCAGCUAGCGUCGUUAGCAAUCUGAAUGUCUUUCAGUCAGUUACAAUUGUCAGAAGUUGGCUAGCUCCAAGCUAGCAACUACGUAGCUAACGUUAGUACAGUGAGGGUAGGAGAGGCUGCUGUUUGUUGUGAGCGUCUGGUAGCCUGCGGUGGGUUGUGGCCAGCGAGAAAAAUCAUCACGUCUGUCGAGCUGCUGUAGAGGUUCUUUUUGUUUUGGACGUGAGGAGUUGUUUGUGAUAUCCUGCCAUGGAUCCCUUUGACAGUAACAACACAGAGCGAGCUAUCCUGCCUAGGAACAUGAUUGAGAACAGCAUGUUUGAAGAAGAGCCUGAUGUUGUUGAUUUGGCCAAAGACUCCACUGCAUUUCCGACGUUUCCUGCUCUUGACCCAGAUGAGGUGGUGUAUGAGCCUCGAAGCUCACGGUUGCUUGUGAGAGGCCUGGGAGAGAAUGACAUGGACGAGGAUGAGGAAGACUGCGAGUCAUCAGCCCGUCUGCUAGGGAUGUCCUUCAUGAACCGUAGCUCUGCUCACAGAUCCAGCUCUUCUCCUUACACUAGACAUGCUCCACCCAGGUCAUGUUCACGACCCUCUGCUCGUACCAUGGUUGUAUGUGUGUUAUUCCUGGUGAUAGUGGCCUCUUUGACCAUGGUACUAUACUUCUUACCUGGAUGCACCUUUACCAAGACGGGUUGUCAUAAGCCGAACAAGACUGUUCCCAUAGAGCAAGUCUUACCUGUGUCUACAAAUGGGGAACUGUUUCCAUGGGCACAGCUCCGGCUGCCUUACAGCAUACGUCCUCUCAACUAUGACCUCACCCUUAACCCUGACCUCGACAAUAUGAAUUUCACCGGCCGCACUGUUAUCACCAUGUCUGUGCUUCACAACACAAAGCGCAUUGUCCUGCACAGUGCUAACCUCAACAUUACCAAAGCUACCAUCAAGCUGGGUGAUGGGGACGCCAGUAAUGUGACUGUACUUGAGUACAAACCCAGACAGCAGAUAGCUGUUAAGUUCUCUGAGGAGCUGAAGGCUGGCCAGUACUGUGUUUUGACUCUGGAUUACUCUGCUAAAUUCUCACACACCUAUGAUGGUUUCUACAACAGUUCAUACACCAAUAAAGAUGGAACCAAAAGUGUCCUAGCUGCAACCCAGUUUGAGCCACUGUCAGCUAGGAAGGCCUUUCCUUGCUUUGAUGAACCAGCUUUCAAAGCCACCUUCCUGAUUAAAAUCAGCAGAAAACCAAACUACAUGACUCUUUCAAACAUGCCUAAGGCUAAAACCACACCACUUGACAAUGGCCUCAUGCUAGAUGAGUUUGAGAAGACCAGUGUCAACAUGAGCACCUACCUGGUGGCCUUCAUCGUCGCUGACUUCACCCCUAUCAGCAAAAAUGUUUCAGAAACCGUGGUGUCUGUGUAUUGUGUGCCAGAAAAGAAGGAGCACACUGACUAUGCUCUGGACACAGCCUCCAAACUGCUGGAGUUCUACAAUAACUUCUUUGAAAUUAACUACCCCCUCAAAAAACUAGACUUGGUAGCCAUCCCGGACUUCCUGGCAGGAGCCAUGGAGAACUGGGGACUCAUAACUUUCAGAGAGACCAGCCUGCUGGUGGGAAAACAGUCCUCUCCUUUGGAAAAACAAGUAGUUGCCUCCGUCAUAGCGCAUGAGCUCGCUCAUCAGUGGUUUGGAAACCUGGUAACCAUGAGCUGGUGGAAUGACCUGUGGCUAAAUGAAGGCUUUGCCACUUACAUGCAGUACACGUCACUGCAAACAGUGUUGCCCCAGCUGGACACUGGUAAUUUGUUCCUGGCAGUGAGGUUCAGAGCCUUGGACAAAGAUGCACUAAACUCCUCCCACGCUGUGUCGACGGAGGUUAAUACGCCGGAACAGGUGGAAGAGAUGUUUGACUCUGUCUCCUAUGAAAAGGGUGCAUCCAUUCUCCUGAUGCUGAACACCUCUCUGCCAGGCGACCAACAGUUCAGAAAGGGUAUCAUUCAAUACCUAAAACAGUUUAGUGGAUUAAACACAGACACCAACGACCUCUGGAACAGCCUUACACAGGUUGAGGUCUCAACACACCACCAGAAUGUGUCAGAGAUGAUGAGCUCGUGGACGUCACAGAAAGGCUUUCCAUUGGUCACUGUAAGCCGCAAUGGAACUCAGGUGACCCUCACCCAGGAGCACUUCCUGUUAACGUCUGACAAUGCCACACAUAGUUCCAGCUUGUGGAAUAUUCCAGUGACGUACGUUAAUGACAGCUGUAGUUUGGCCCCAGAGUGCAGACAGGUGUUCACUCUGAAGACCAAAUCAGAGACCCUUAAGCUGCCAGAAAGUGUAAAGUGGCUAAAGCUGAACUACAGAAACACAGGCUUCUACAUCGUCCACUAUGGAGACGAGGGCUGGGAUGCUCUUGUAAAAGCUUUGUCCAACAAUGUCAGUGUUCUCACACAGGAGGACCGUGCCUCGCUCAUUCACAACAUCUUUGCGCUCUCCAGACUGGGACGUGUGUCCUUUAAUCAAGUCCUCAAUCUGUUGAAGUACAUGUCCAAUGAAACUGAGACUUCUCCUGUGAUAGAAGCCUUGUUACAGCUCAAUGAUAUCUACCGGCUGCUCGACAAAAGACAGGAGCAGGGCCUUGUGGCCCGCAUGAAGAAUUAUAUUCUGCAUCAGUUUGGUUCCUUGAUAAGCAAACAAACAUGGGAAGAGGAGGAGAGCGUGUCUAAACAGGAGCUGCGUGCAGCCCUGCUGGGGACGGCAUGUAGUCUGAAUGAAGAAAACUGCACUCAGCAAGCAAAAGACAUGUUCAGAAAGUAUGUCGAUUCCAAUGGGACCUCGCGGAUCCCAGGCGAUCUGCAGCAAGUUGUAUUCACUGUGGCUGCUCAGUCAUCUGAAGAUUGGUUGACUUUGCUUGACAUGUACGUAAAAGUCACCUAUGAUGCAGAGAAGCGAAAAAUGUUACGGGGCCUAGCAUCCACUCAGGAUGCGCAACAUAUAGUAUGGAUUUUAAAGGCGGGUCUGCAGGGGGACAUCAUCCAGACACAGGAGUUGCCUUUGGUCAUCAGCACUGUGUGUAAAUACUUCACUGGCUACUUGUUUGUCUGGGAUUUUAUACAAGAGAACUGGGACAGCCUCAUAGAGAAGUUCCCUGUGGGCUCCUUUGCCAUCCAGACAAUCAUCAAGUCUGCCACCUCCCAGUUCUCCACACAGGCACGCCUUGACCAAGUGCAGGGUUUCUUCUCCAGUCUGAAGGAACGUGGCUCUCAGAUGAGGAGUGUGCAGGAAGCUUUGGAAACCAUCAGGCUGAACCAGCGCUGGAUGGACAAGAACCUGUCUAAACUCCGAAAAUGGCUCUAAUAAAGGCACUCCAUUCAAUGUACGCCCCACUAACAGACAACCGGGGCAUGUCGUCAAGACAAACAGCAGUGUUUGCACUAUUGUAGGACUGCAUCUCUCUAACUCCCUUUAUCCAGGCCAGAGUACUAAUCAAUGCCAGGGCUUGUGCUCUACCUGGGUGGACAAGGUGUUUGAUUUUCUGAGAUCAGUCCUCGGAGUUGUAUUUGCUAGCUCAGGGUGGCUCUGAUUGUGUGUCUGACAGGGAGUUGUCAGAUGCAAACACACACUCCUCACACUUAAUGCUGUCAACCAAACCUCUCCUCUGCAGCUCUCAUCUAAACUUCAUGCCUGAGCAGACAAUCAUGCUUCUCCCACACUCCUUUUGCUCCAUCUUCUCUAACUGUAUGAGCUGUGUAACUUGGCCACUUUGAAAAGGGCAGGCAUGAAGAAUCAACAUUACUGUCUACUUAUGUACUGUCGAUCAGCCCUGGACUUUCUGUAAACCAUCGGAUAUAAUUAUAUAGAUGCAGCUGUCAGGGAUUCCUCAGUGGUGAAAAGUUGACAUUACAGGUACUUAGGGGUGGAUUUAUUCUUAGAAUUAAACUAACCUUGUUCUGUGUAGAAACAAUAGCUGUCUGCCAUUCUAAACUCCAGUUACUCGUGCUGAAGCAUUUACUAUAGUAGUCAUGGUUUGGCUUGGAAAUUGGUUGAUUGACGAUAGCUUGAAAUACCAAACUUGUGUUGGUAUCAAUUGAAUGUACUGAAAAACCUUCCCACUGUGUACAGUAGAUGGCGUACUCCACAACAGUGCAGGUUUAAAUCAAUUCAACCAAUGUGUCUUAGGUGAGAACAGGCAGUGCACACUGGAGCCAGAUGUUCAUUUUUUUUCUCUCUCUCUCUUUAGAAACACCUUGUACACAAACUUAUUCUUUAACCCUGUGUGCUUGUAAACUUGUAAUUAUAAUGUAAAUAAGCUCAACCCUUCAGUGUUUGCGAUUUUAGAUGUACUGUUUGAAACAUCUGGAAUUUUUUGACAUUUUAAGAUUUCUUUGUGUUAUGUAUACAGAGUGUAAAGUAUAAAAUAUAUAGAAUUGAUCAAGAGUCUUGGUCAAAUAUGACUUUACUGUAUGUCUUGAGUUAGACCACCCCAGGGAGGUCAUUUGUUGAUGAAUGUUUGUGUUUUAAGGGCUAAUGUGCAUAUUGAAGAUACAAAGUGUAUAGAGUAACAUCUAUAUUGGGCAUGGCUUAUCUGUCCAGUAAGCUAUUGCUCAUCAGCCAAAUAAAAAUGCAGAAGGUUUAAAGUUACUCCAAUGUUAACUGGCCAUGUUGCUGAGAUUGAAGAGUAGCCUAGCUAUUUAUUGGGAGAAUGUCUAAACCUGUUUUUACCCAACGUUUGUUUGAAGAUUUUAUUUAAACACAGUUGUACACUCAUCUUGAGCUUUAUUUAAAGCGCUACUGCUUACUUAUCCAUCACAUUGCAGAUUCACUAAUUUUCUUUGGACAUCCCUAACGUCGUCAUGAGACUAGCAUCUCUGCUUUUGGUUAUCAAAUUAUCCUCUUCUGAAGCAGCUUCUCAAUUGUGUAAAGACCGUGUCGACAGGAUAUUCAAGUUCUAAAAAAAACAGUGUUAAAGGUGCCACGUAAAAAAUUCCAGGUAGUGUGACCUCUUGACUCGUUCACGUGCUCCAGUGAACAUACUUGGUACUAUGCAUAGCUGGGAAAGCUUUUAAAAGGUCCAUGUGCUUCUUGCUAGUAACUCCUACUAACUAGUCAAAGUAGGUGUAAGGAGAGGUGGGUUCAAUGAAGGGAUCAGACGCCGUGCACAUGAAAUACACACAAAAAGAGACAUCAGGUGUACCAAAGUCAUGGCUGUCUACGCCCUACCAAGGUUAACUGUGGGGGUUAGCAGUAUAAAUGAUCACAGUACAGAGGAUUGUGCAUUCCAAACAAGUAGUAAUGAGUGUGUCAGAUCUCAGUGCAGUUUAGAUCUGUCUGGAGGUUAUCAACAGUAUUGACAUUUAUUUGUUCCAUCCAGUCCAUCGUAGUUUCACAUAUAUUGUAAUAAUGUGUAAAUUGGCAUUUACCUUUUAAAUACACAUCUUAUACUUUUAAGUCCUGGAUAAAAAUGUUCAUCACACUUUUUUUCCCCAGCUUCCAUCAAUCAGAUCAAUUAAUCAGCUUUAUUGAGGCUUUAGGACUUUCCCCCCACAUUCUGGUUUAUGUGAAGUCAGUUGCAAUAAGCUGUCAGAGACAAGAGUUGCUGAUGUCAUUCAGGUACAUGGUUCAGUCAAAGUUGUACUUACAGUACACAGUACAUUUGCAGUAAACCCAAUGAGAAUGUCUUUGUUUUUUCCUCUGGAGUGAAAUGCUGCAGAUGCUUUUGAAAUUGUGUUGCUUUUCAUGUGAACCAAAUACAAAUAAAAGUUGUUUUCUGAA